AACUUUGACUUUUUGUUUACUCUGAGUCGCCGUCGUCGUAGACUCGUAGUCUUCUUCUUCUUCUAGCUUUUAGUCCUAAAUUUAUUUAUUUAUUUUUUUCAGCUCCCGGAUCCAAUUUUGCUACUUCGCUUCUUCGUUUCUCUAUUCAAUUUGUUCAACUUCUGAACAAAGAUUUUGUUUGUGAUCCUACACAAAGAUCUCAAAGUGGAGAAGCCACGUGGGUGUUUUAAUCUCUUUGAGAGAAUGAAGUGUUUCUUAUUCCCUCUUGGGGACAAAAAAGAAGAACAGAGGAGUCCUAAACCGGUUUCACCCCUCUCUGACCGUACCAAAACCGGUUCAGAUGGCUCUGGAACCAGCACGGUAUCAUCAUCCAACCCAACCUUGCCAACUAGAGAAAAUAGCCUCAGAGAGUUCACAGUUGCUGAUCUCAAAUUCGUUACAAGGAACUUCAGCCGCUCUGUUAUGAUAGGCGAAGGCGGUUUCGGCUGUGUCUACUGGGGCACCAUCAGGAGCCUACAAGACCCUUCAAAGAAGAUCGAAGUCGCUGUUAAGCAGCUUGGCAAGAGAGGCUUACAGGGUCAUAAAGAAUGGGUGACGGAAGUGAACUUUUUAGGUGUAGUUGAGCAUCAAAACUUGGUGAAACUGUUGGGUCAUUGUGCAGAAGACAAUGACCGUGGGAUUCAAAGGCUUUUGGUUUAUGAGUAUAUGCCAAACCAAAGCGUUGAGUUCCAUUUAGCUCCAAGUUCACCGACUGUGCUCACUUGGGACCUCAGGUUGAGAAUAGCUCAAGACGCAGCUCGGGGUUUAACUUACCUCCAUGAAGAAAUGGACUUUCAAAUAAUAUUUAGAGAUUUCAAGUCAUCCAACAUUUUACUAGACGAGGAUUGGAAAGCAAAGCUUUCAGAUUUCGGUUUGGCUCGGUUAGGUCCUGCACCAGGAUCAACUCAUGUUUCUACUGGUGUAGUAGGAACAAUGGGCUACGCAGCACCAGAAUAUAUCCAAACAGGUCGGCUCACGUCUAAAAGUGACGUGUGGGGUUAUGGAGUUUUCAUGUAUGAGCUCAUUACAGGAAGGAGACCUCUAGACAAGAACAUGCCUAAAGGAGAGCAAAAGCUUUUAGAAUGGGUGAGACCUUACUUAACCGACACUAAGAGAUUUAGGCUCAUUAUAGACCCGAGGCUUGAAGGCAAAUACUCGAUUAAAUACGUCCAGAAACUAGCGGUUGUAGCCAACCUUUGCCUUACCAGGAACUCAAAGGCACGUCCAAAGAUGAGUGAGGUGUUGGAGAUGGUGACAAAGAUUGUUGAAGAUUCUUCGUCUAGGAAUUGUGGCAAGAAGAGGCAGCUGGUUCCGUUGAGGAGUCUAGGAGCUUCUAGAGCUGAGGAAGAGAAGCAGAAGAAUGUGGUUCUUGAUGGUGGCGAAGGAGGUUGGUUAGAUAAACUAUGGAACCCAAAGAAUGUGAGAGCUUGUUGAUUGGGGUAAAGUUUAAUACAACUUUAGUACAUUGUAGCCUUUGCUUAUUUAUGUAAUUCAACAAAUUCAAAUGUUUUCUGUUUUGCUAAUUUAAUAUUUGUAACCAACAAUUACACGAUUGAUAACCAACAGUUAUUUGUU